AUGAACAGAGGUGACAUAUUCGCAACCAGCAGCAACGGUAUAUCAUUCAUAAAAUGGAUGGAUAAUAAGGCAGUGUUUUUGUUGACCAACUUCUUGUCACCCAUACCAACGACUACAGUCAAGAGACGGGUACAAGGUAGUGGUGACAAAAUGAAUGUAACAUGUCCUGAAAUUGUUGUAAAGUACAACCAAUAUAUGGGUGGGGUCGAUCUCAUGGACCAGAAAAGUUUGCUACGAAGUGGAUCGAAAGGCAAAAAUAAAUUCGAUAUACUAGAUAUUGCGAUGAAUAUAUAA